UAGAUGGUUAAGCAAGACAUGGGGAGAUAAAUAUAGCGGUGACCGUGGAGUGCGUGACCGUCCCGCGCGUGAGACUGUCCCGGCAGAGGCACAAGAUGGCAAUGGGCGGGUGGGGCGUGUCGCUGAGGGCAGCACGACGGGUGUGUGGCGCCGGGCGGGUGUGGCGGGGAUGUGGGGGCAGCGUGGUGAUGCGGAGGUGGUGCUCCUCAGCCACACCGCGCAUCACCACACACUACUCGGUGGUGCCCAGGGAGACCGACCCUCGCUGGGCUGAGGUGGAUAUGGAGAGGUAUGCGGAUGAGGCUGAUGUGGUGGUGGUGGGCGGUGGACCGGCGGGUCUGAGCGCAUCCAUCCGCCUCAUGCAGCUGGCCAGGGACGCCGGCAAGGAGUUGAGGGUCAUGUUGGUCGAGAAGUCAGCUGAUAUAGGCGGGCACAUCCUCUCCGGGGCAUGUCUGGAGCCGCGUGCCCUCGAGGAGCUGUUCCCGGACUGGCAGGAACGCGGGGCGCCCCUCCAAACCCCUGUCAAGAAGGAUGUGUUCAGCUACCUCACGGAGAAGGGCCGCAUCAACAUACCCAUCCUGCCUGGUAUGCCAAUGCACAACCACGGUAACUACAUCGUACGCAUGGGCCAUGUGGUGCGGUGGCUGGGGGAGCAGGCGGAGGAGCUGGGCGUGGAGGUGUACCCCGGGACGCCCGCCGCGGAGGUGCUCUACCGGGAGGACGGCUCAGUGGCGGGUGUGGCUACGGGUGACGUGGGUGUGGCCAAGGAUGGCUCCCCGAAGGAUGCCUUUGCACGGGGCAUGGAGCUGCGGGCCAAGUGUACCAUCUUCGCCGAGGGAUGUCACGGCCACCUCGCCAAGCAGCUGUACACCAAGUUCAACCUCCGCCAGAACUGUGAACCCCAGACCUACGGGAUUGGCCUCAAGGAGCUGUGGGAGGUGCUGCCGGAGAACCACAAGCCAGGGACCAUUGAGCACACCGUCGGCUGGCCGCUGGACAAAAACACAUACGGGGGCUCCUUCCUCUACCACCUGGAUUCGGAUGGGCAGCCAAUGGUGUCACUGGGUUUCGUCAUAGGGCUGGACUACACCAACCCCUACCUCAGCCCCUUCCAGGAGUUCCAGCGCUUCAAACUCCACCCCUCCGUUGCUUCCACACUGCGCGGGGGAACAAGGAUUUCAUACGGAGCUCGGGCCUUGAACGAGGGAGGGCUCCAGUGCAUCCCCAAGCUCACCUUCCCCGGGGGCUGCCUGGUGGGGUGCUCGCCGGGCUUCAUGAACGUCCCCAAGAUCAAGGGCACUCACAACGCCAUGAAGAGUGCCAUGUUAGCCGCCGAGAGCAUAUUUGAGGCACUGGCUGACGAGAAGAAUGAGGAGGCAGAGUGGGUGGAUCCGGUGAGCUACGAGAACACGCUGCGGGAGUCCUGGGUCUGGAAGGAGCUACACGCUGUCCGCAACGUCCGCCCUUCCUUCCACAACCCUCUCGGCCUGUAUGGUGGACUCAUGUAUACUGGACUCUUCUAUGUCAUCGGCCGCGGCAAAGAACCUUGGACUCUGAAACAUGGAGUCAAGGACGCAGAAAGGCUCCAACCAGCGAAAGAGGCCAAGCCAAUCUCAUACCCUAGACCAGACGGCGAGAUUAGCUUUGACCUCCUCAGCUCGGUGGCUUUAACCGGGACCAACCACGACCACGAUCAGCCUGCACACCUCACCCUGAAGAACGACGCAGUGCCGGUGGAGCGUAACUAUGGGGUGUACGACGGCCCCGAGGGAAGGUUCUGCCCUGCCGGUGUGUAUGAGUACGUGCCACUGGAGACCGGUGAUGGCGUGCGGCUGCAAAUCAACGCACAGAACUGUAUCCAUUGUAAGACCUGCGACAUCAAGUGCCCAUCGCAGAACAUCAACUGGGUGGUGCCUGAAGCCGGGGGGGGACCUGCGUACGACGGCAUGUGAGCUGUGGUUUGCUGGGGUGUCCUGGCUGCCUGGUGCUGCUGGUAGAGUCUACCAGCGAAGGUUUGCAAGGGCGCAGGGAGCAGUCUCUUGUGUGUCGUUGUCUCAUAAGUUACUGCAAUCCACCCCCUUCACUUCUCAGCCCCACAGUCUGCCACAGCGUGUACAUAGUAUAAUUUAUGAAAGUGUAUAUUUAUAUUUUAUAUGAAGAGAUUGUACAGCAGUGUCAUGUUUGAUGCAGUAUUCGUCGAGUAUGUGUACCCUAAAGAAGAUAGUUUUAUAUGCAGUACCCCUCACCUGCUUGCUUCAGAUUUAAACUGUUGGCAAUGA